AUGGCGCAGAUGCUGUACCGCUGCAACUUCCUCGCGCUCGUCGGCGGCGGGGAUCACCCGCGGUACCCGAAGAACAAGGUGAUAAUAUGGGACGACAACCAGGGCCUGGCGGUGGGGGAGCUGUCGUUCCGCUCGGAGGUGCGCGGAGUGUGCCUGCGGCGCGAGCGCGUGGUGGUGGCGCUGGCGCAGCGCGUGUUCGUGUACGCGCUGCAGGACCUGCGCCUGCUGCUGCGCCUCCCCACGCUCACCAAUACGCGCGGGCUCGUCGCGAUCUCGCAGGCGCCCGCGCCGUUUGUUCUGGCGUGCCCGGGGGUGCUCCGCGGACAGGUCCGCAUAGAGCACUACCACGUGCACGACCCCCUCUCCCCCUCGCCCGCUUCCCCCUCCGCCUCCCCCUCCCCCUCCUCCCCCUUCUCCCCCCCGCCCUCCUCCUCCCCCGCCGCCUUCCCCCCGCCGCCCCUCACCAUCACCAUCACGGCGCAUGAGACGGCGCUUGCCGCCCUGGCGCUCACCCCGGACGGCACGCGCGUGGCGACUGCGAGUGUGCGCGGCACGCUUGUGCGCGUGUUCAGCACGGCCGAUGGCUCCAUGCUGCAGGAGGUGAGCACUGCCGAUGGGUCCAUGCUGCAGGAGGUGAGGGUGGUUCUGUGGGGUGGGGGGGGAGAUGGGGGGGUGAUGUUGGGUGAAGGAAGCGAGAGAAGCGGCACACUUGUGCGCGUGUUCAGCACUGCUGAUGAGUCCAUGCUGCAGGAGCUGCGGAGGGGGGCAAACAGGGCGGAGAUAUACAGCCUGGCAUUCUCCCCCAACGCGCACUUCCUUGCUCUCUCCAGUGACAAGGGCACCGCGCAUGUCUUUGCUCUCUCCCCUCCUGCCUCUGGUUCCAGUAGCCCCCCUCCAGCCGCCACUUCUCACAUUGCUGCUCGUCCUGCUACUGUUUCUGCUGCUGCUGCUGCUGCUGCUGCUGCUCAUGCUGCUGCUAUUGUGGCUCCUGCUCCUUCCGCUGCUAACCAAGUCUCUAAUCAAGACAGCGGCGGCAGCGGCAGCGGCGGUGGUGGUGGCGGUGGCGGUGGCGGUGGCGAUAGCGGCGCUGGGGUUGAUGGCGCAGGGGAAAGCAGGAGUGUGGGUGGUGGUAACGAUUCUGCUGCCAGGGCCUCUGUGCCUUCAUCUCGCCCUGCUCCCGCGCCCUCCUCUCGCACUAUUACCAAUCUCCCCUUGUCACCGCAAUCAGCUGGAACCGCACCCAGCCCCUCUCAACCGAACCCGCUCUCUCUACCCCAGUCUGCUUCCGCCCCUCUCCCCACCCCUCUCCCUCCGUCCUCCUCUGCUCCGUCUGCAUCUGAUGGUUCCCCAAGCUCUUCCUCCUCCUUCUCCUUCCCUUCUGUUUCUUUGGAUAGCCCUCCUGCUGCUGCUGCAGCUGCACCAUUUGAAGCAGCGGCAGUAGAAGCAGGAGCACUCGCAGGAGGGGCGGGAGAAGCAGGAGGAGGAGGAGAAGGAGGAGCAGCCGUGCAAGAAGGGCCGAGGAGUGAUGCUGGCGGGGGAGAGGAAACAGCAGGAGGAGGGGCAACGGGAGGGGCUGGGGCAAGUAGUAGUGAUGUGGUGGGGGGCGGAAACAGUGGUGGGUUGGAUGGGACUAGCGGUGCUGGCUUGGGGGUGGGAAGCAUUGGUGUGAUGGGGGGCAGUAGCAGUGAGAGCAGUAUGAGCAGUAGCGGUGUGGAGGCAGAGGGGGAGGUAUCUGUAGCACUGAGACCCAAUCCAGGCUCGUCACUGUCAUUUCUAAAAGGAGUGCUCCCGCGCUACUUCAGCUCAGAGUGGUCUCUAGCCCAGUUCCGCCAUCUACCAGACUGCCGCUCUCUCGUGGCCUUCGGCGGCCAGAGGAACACGCUGCUCGUCGCGUGCAUGGAUGGCAGCUUCCACCGCCUGGAGUUUGACCCAGUGGGAGGGGGGGAGAUGAAGCGAGAAGAACACGCUGUUUUCUUCCACUCCUCCUCCUCCCCCUCUCCCUCCUCCUCCCCCUCUCCCUCCUCCUCCUCCUUUUCCUCCUCUGUUACCUCCACCUCCGCCUCCCUCUCCUCCUCUCCCCCAUCCUCUUCCUCCUCCUUCUUGCUCCACAACACCACGGAUCAUCCCACAUCAGUCCUUACCAGCCCUGCAAGCUUUCCAGCAGCAGGGGGGACGGCAGCAGGAGCAGGGGCGAGGGGGCUAGGGGAGCUUCUGGAAGGCCGGGAGAUGCGUGCAGUGGCAGAGGGUGGGGGUGACAGUAAGGGGGCCUAG